AAUGCGACGGUAGAAUCGGCGGACAAAAUCUUAAUACAAGCAUACAAUCGAGUCCUUCGAAUGAUCAAUUAAGCAAAAUGAUUCAUGAGAUAUUGUUGGCGUUGAGUGGGUACCCUGGUACCAUUUUCACAUGGAAUAAAAGGACUGGUUUGCAGGUGUCCCAGGACUUACCCUUCCUCCAUCAGAGUGAAACCGCAGUGCUGAACCGGCUUUGUAAACUUGGUUCUGACUACAUUCGAUUCAGAGAAUUCAUCGAACAGCACACAGGCCAUGUACAUCAGCAAGAGCACCAUCCUACCCAGCCAAGCCAAGGUGGACUGCAUGGGAUCUACCUGCGGGCUUUCUGCACGGGUUUAGACUCUGUGCUACAGCCCUAUCGACAGGCCUUGCUUGACCUUGAGCAGGAGUUCCUUGGUGACCCACAUCUGUCAAUUUCUCAUGUGAAUUACAUACUGGACCAGUUUCAGUUGCUGUUCCCCUCUGUCAUGGUGGUAGUAGAGACAAUCAAGUCUCAGAAGAUCCAUGGUUGCCAGAUUUUGGAGACGGUGUACAAACAUAGCUGUGGAGGGUUGCCACCUGUACGUUUAGCCUUAGAGAAGAUUCUGGCCGUGUGUCAUGGAGUGAUGUACAAGCAGCUUGCAGCAUGGAUGCUGCAUGGACUCCUGCUGGAUCAGAGCGAGGAGUUCUUUGUGAAGCAGGGCCCGAGUGCUGGAGGCGCAGCUCAAGCCCAGGAGGAAGAGGAGGAAGACCUGGGCAUCGGGGGCCUGAGCGGGAAGCAGUUACGGGAGCUGCAGGAUCUGCGGUUGAUUGAGGAGGAGAACAUGCUGGCUCCGUCCCUGCAGCAGUUCUCUCUCCGCAUCGAAAUGCUUCCCUCUUACAUCCCUGUCCGUGUGGCUGAGAAGAUCCUCUUCGUUGGGGAGUCAGUCCAGAUGUUUGAGAAUCACAACCAGAACCCAUCUUGCGCCGGCUCUAUUCUGAAGCACCAGGAGGAUACGUUUGCCGCUGAGCUGCAUCGCCUCAAACAGCAGCCACUCUUCAGUCUGGUGGACUUUGAGAACCUCAUUGAUGGAAUUCGGAGCACAGUUGCAGAGCAUCUAUGGACACUGAUGGUGGAGGAGUCUGACCUUUUGGGACAACUGAAGAUCGUUAAGGAUUUCUACUUACUGGGUCGUGGUGAGCUCUUCCAGGCCUUCAUUGAUCACGCACAGCACAUGCUGAAAACACCACCCACUGCUGUCACCGAACACGAUGUCAAUGUAGCAUUUCAGCAGGCUGCUCAUAAGGUGCUUCUAGAUGAUGACAACCUUCUGCCUCUCCUGCACCUGACUAUCGACUACCAAGGAAAAGAGACCAAAGAGGUGGCUGGAGGUCGUGAGGGCGCUACCCCUCCCCAGGAGUCCUCUCCUCGGGAGGCUCCGCCCACCGGCUGGGCUGCUCUGGGAUUGGCCUACAAGGUGCAGUGGCCUCUGCACAUCCUCUUCACGCCUGCUGUCCUCGAGAAGUACAACGUGGUGUUCCGCUACCUGCUGAGUGUGCGCAGGGUGCAGGCAGAGCUGCAACACUGCUGGGCCCUGCAGAUGCAGCGCAAGCACCUGAAAUCCAACCAGACCGACGCCGUCAAGUGGAGGCUCCGCAACCACAUGGCCUUCCUGGUGGACAAUCUCCAGUACUACCUACAGGUGGACGUGUUGGAGUCUCAAUUCUCCCAACUGCUGCAUCAGAUCAACUCCAUCAGGGACUUUGAGAGCAUCAGGCUGGCUCAUGACCACUUCUUGAGCAACCUUCUGGCACAGUCGUUCAUCCUGCUCAAGUCGGUGUUUCACUGCUUGAACGAGAUCCUGGAGCUCUGCCACAGCUUCUGCUCUCUGGUCAGUCAGAACCUGGGCCCACUGGAUGACCGGGGCACUGCUCAGCUGGAUAUCCUGGUCAAGGGCUUCAGCCGGCAGUCUUUUCUGCUGUUCAAGAUCCUGUCGAGUGUUCGCAAUCACCAGAUAAACUCUGGCCUGGCCCAGCUCCUCCUGCGGCUGGAUUAUAACAAGUACUACACCCAGUCAGGGGGAACCCUGGGCAGUUUUGGAAUCUGAGCCUGAAAAUAUCCUCUCCAGUAUUACAACAAUGGAGGAGUAAGGCGGACGCCAACGUAUUCCCAUGUGUCAUUAACCCAAACCAGUGUCCUCUUUCCAUACCGACUUUACGUUGUCCACUAGCCAUUUCUCAUGUUUGACAGAUGGAUAUGUGCGGAGAUUAUUAAUGAGCGAGCCUCAUUGCAUCACACAGAAUCUGUAACUCUUUCGGAAAUGUAUAAAGUGUAAAUAAAUUAUCUAUUGUAAAAGACUAACUCGAAUAAAACUGAUAAAAUGAAACAAUCACAA